AUGUUAUCCGCCGCCCAAUUACUCGAUGAAUUAAUGGGCAGAGAUAGAAACUUGGCUCCCGACGAGAAACGAUGUAACGUCCGCUGGGACCAUGAGACCGUUUGUAAAUAUUACCUGUGUGGAUUUUGUCCAGCGGAAUUGUUUACAAACACACGGUCUGAUCUAGGUCCAUGCGAAAAAAUCCACGAUGAGAACCUGAGGAAAAUGUAUGAGAAGAGCUCUCGUUUCAUGAAGGAGGGCUACGAGAGGGAAUUCCUGCGCUACCUGCAGUCCCUCCUGGCCGAAGUGGAGCGGCGCAUCCGGAGAGGCCACGCCCGCCUGGCGCUGUCACAAACGCAGCAGAACUCCGGGGGCCCGGGGCCAUCUGGGAAGAACGAGGAGAAAGCACAGGUCCUAACGGAGAAGAUUGAGGAGCUUGUGCUCCAGAUCGAGGAGCUGGGCUCGGAGGGCCGCGUGGAGGAGGCCCAGGGCAUGAUGAAGCUGGUGGAGCAGCUGAAGGACGAGAGGGAGCUGCUGAGCUCCACGCCCUCUACAAUUGAGAGCUUUGCGGCCCAGGAGAAGCAGAUGGAGGUGUGCGAGGUGUGCGGGGCCUUCCUCAUCGUGGGUGACGCGCAGUCUCGGGUGGAUGACCAUCUUAUGGGCAAGCAGCACAUGGGCUAUGCCAAAAUCAAGUCCACCGUGGAGGAGCUGAAAGAGAAGCUCCGGCGGCGGUCGGAGGACCCAGAGCGGGACGAGCGGGGGCGGAAGGAGAGGGAGGAGCGUGAGCGUGAGAGGGAGGAACGCGAGAGGAAGCGCAAGGAGGAAGAGGAGAAAGAGAAGGAGCGCGAGAAGGAGCGCGAGAGGGAGCGAGAGAAAGAGCGUGAGAAGGAGAGGGAACGGGAACGGGAAAGGGAGAAGGAUCGUGAGCGGGAACGUGAUCGGGACCGUGAACGAGACCGGGACCGGGACCGUGACAGGGAUCGGCGCGGUCGGCGGAGCCACUCCCACAGUCGCCACUCCAGCAGAACCUCGGACCGCAGGAGGACCCGGUCCAGGGAGAGAAGGAGGUCCAGGAGCAAAGACCGGGAGCGCAAACGCAGCAGGAGCCGGGACAGGGACCGGGACCGGGAGAGGCGGCGUAGCCGGGACCGCUCGGAGAGGAAGCACCGCUCCCGCAGCCGUGAGAGGCGCCGGUCACGCAGCUCUGAGCGCAAGACCCACAAGCACCGGAGCCGCAGCCGAGACAGAGACAGAGACCGCGAGCGAGACCGAGACCGAGACAGGAAGUCGAAGGACAAAGACCGGAAGGAGGUAGAUGAAAAGAGGAGCAGCAAGAAGCCACGGACCGAGGAGCCAGCGGGUGAGGAAAAAUCGGGCGAGGAAAAGGCCGCUGAUGUCCCCAAAUGGGAGCCCACGGAGGCGGACGCCCCCAAGGCCGAGCUAAACGGGGCGGCCGAAGACAUGCAUUCUGAAGGUGACACUCAGUCCAAUUAAAACUGAUCUGAUAGGACCUCAGAUCAGGCCCAGGGGCUGAUGGGACGUCGGGGGUAAGAAGACCUGAAGACCUCUUGUCCUGAUCCUGACCCACCAACAUGCUGCUUUAAGAGAUAAAAGGUGAACCACAGCUGUAGUGGCUUAGGAACAGAGAAACAGUCAUGUAACAUAGAUUGGUUGCCCCCUCCUCCAAGCUCAUUUCAGGACUUCCUGUUUCUUUGCAUCAUGUCCUGCUACAAACACACCACACGCAUACACCCACCCCUUCCUCCUCAGAAGCACAUGGAGUUUGCGGCUCAUUUCUGUCAUUUCGGUUUCUGACCUCCAUUUAGUAACAGAAUCGCUUUUGUACAUGUGGAUUGUUAGGUUUGUAACUUCAGGUCCUACUUCGACUUUUUAAUGUGAGUUAUCAGUUUGUCGAAGCGUUUGUGCCGUAUUUCAAAUGUAAACACCAAACGGUUUCCUCACUUGAAGUAUGACUUAAUUUUGGCUGUUUUCCCAUAGUGU